ACGUCCCGUUCAUGACGCUCGCCUCGAGAUAUCUUUCACAUCUUUUGAGGCCUCAACAUUCGCUAUCGUCGAGAAUCCUUGCUAUUCAUCAUAGGCACCGUCAUAGGUUGCUUAGCCCAAGCAAAACAUCAACAAGAUGAAGGCCAGGUCCAGCGAGCGCAUUGCUCGGAUCAACGAGCUUGAACUAAAGCAUCAGGGCAAGAGUCACCAGAUGGACUUGACCAACCGCGACGAGCAGGCUCGCCUUCUGAAGCUUCGCCUGUUGACAUUGCGUGAUGAGAAUGCAUUGCUCAAGGAUCGAUUGAUCCAGCGCGAUGCUAUGGUCAAGCAACUCAGCAAGCAAAAGGAGGACUCACAUGCCGAGCGUUUUGAAAACAAGAAGAAGAUCGAGGACCGGGAUGUGCGGCUGAUGAAGCAGGAUAAGGAGCUAGCAGCUCUCCAGAAAUUCACCCUCACCCACAAGUUGGAUCAACUUCAACCCGAACUCAACCACCUCAAGCAACAACUCGAAACCCAUCGCGCCAUUAUCGCCCAGAAGCAGGACCUUGAGCGCCAGGUCAGCUCGCUGGAGGUCGAACUGGAAAACGAGAAGCGAUCGAAGAACCGACUACAGUCGAAGACCCGCGACGAUGAUCAAUGGAAGGACCAAUUUGAGGAAGCCAAGAGAGAGCUGGAGAAGACCAAGAAGGAACACAGCCGGGAAUUGAGGGAGGUUCGAGGUGAAGUCGAAAGACUCGAGGGCCUCCUUGAGGAGACACGGAGCAAGCGAAAGCAUGCUCAAACAGACCUCAAAAAUACACGAGCGGAACUCGAGGCCUGUCGCGCUGAGCUAGAGGCCGCUCGCAAGGCUGCGCAGAGCAACAAGCCAACCAAGAAGACGGUUACGGUGAAGGAACCAGGCCGUAAGCGACGUGCCCAAGAAAUGAGUCUCGAGGAUAUCAGCAUCGGAACGCCUGGUCCGGACGAAGCAACGCUAAAGCGACCGUUUAACAAGCGCGGAGCUGAGCAUGCUCUGGUUGGAGAAAAGUCGACAUUCUCUAUCACACCAUUCUUGAACCGCACCAAGAACUUUUCAGAUGAGCUCAGCGAGAUUCAAUCACCCACGGGCAAUGCCCCUCAGGCUUCCGAGCCCAUCGUUGACCCUGAUGAGGAUGCCGAGGAGGAGGUUGAGCCUGCUCAGAUAGAGCCUGCCAAAGAUACGAUGGACCUGGGAGGCCAUGCUGGUGUUGCUAGUGAUGCGGAGGACGUCCCAGCCGCCAAGGCACGAAAGGCCAGGGGCAGGCCAAGGAAGGCUCUGGACGACGCACCCACGACCAAGAAGAACAUGCCGGUCACAGCAAGAGGAAAGGCCAAGGCAGCGAAGCCUGCUAGCAAGCUGGAGAUAGUGAUGGAGGAGGCGGAGGCUGGAGAACAGGAGAACAAGAUUGUACAGAUGCCGAAGAAGGUACCGGAACUGAAGUCCAAGGUGGCUGAGAGCCUCUUCAAGCAUAGCAACGCGGCUGGCCUCGAUGCCGAUGGGCGGAAGAAAAAGCGCAAGAUCCUUGGUGGCUCCAACAAGACGCUCUUUGAUGAGGAAGAUGGAGAGACGACGGUGCCACGGCCUGCAAAGAUUCAGCUGGCACCUGGUCGCAGACUCAAGGCGCCCUUGGGUGGUGCGUCAAGCGCAUUUGGUGGUGCGACAUUCUCGCCGUUGAAGCGGGAUAGACGUGGUGUGAGUGCCAGCUUCUUGGCACAGUGAUUGAUGGGAACGGAUGAUAUGACAUUGUCCUGUGGAUAAGCAUUGCAUGAUUGGCGUUGGAAGGUCUUUGGCUAGGGAUUGGGAAUAGGGUCUGGUUUCAGGGAAUGGCGUUUGGUAUAUGAUUUAACUGGAGCUCACUGAGCACAUUUUGCCUUCA